AAUUUUAGCAAUCUACAGAAUAAAAUCUAACCGAGAAUGUUUUGAUAUCGUCGUGUUAGUUAAUUCAUAGUUAUAUGUUUAUUCAAAAAGUGAUAAUAAAUUAUCGUUUAUGAAGUACAAUGUGGUUUCGGUAUACCCUUUCGAAUGCUCGUGCUUUUCUCAGUGUCGCAAGUGCUGAAACGUGUAAACAAUGUAGCAGCCGAGGUAAAAUAAUCACGCCGAUACAAUCGGUGCAACGUUUGUUUGCAACAAACGUGCAAUGCCCCACGGUCGGUGAAGUUAUCGAACAAUGGAGCGAACGGUUUAAAAAGGAAAGUAUUCCAGAACCCGUAGAAUCGAUCGAGCACAUCGUUGCACACAUUCUAGGCACUAAGAAGAUAUUAGAUCUCGUUAACACGCGAAAUAAACGACUUACUUCGAAGCAAUGUGAUAAAUUGGAAUCACUGUGCGAAUGUCGAUUAUCUAGAAUGCCAGUGCAGUAUAUAAUAGGAGAAUGGGAUUUUCGAGAUAUUACUCUAAAAUUAGUUCCACCAAUUUUUAUUCCACGGCCGGAAACUGAAAUGUUAGUUCAUUAUGUUUUAAAGGCAUUAAAUUCUUCUCAAAAUAAAAACCAUGAAAUUUUAGAAGUUGGAUGCGGUUCUGGACCGAUAUCUCUUUCCAUUGCGCAUACUAAUAAAACAGCAAAUUGUAUAGCGAUCGAUUCGAAUCCAGAUGCUUGCGAACUAACUAAAGAAAAUCGAGACAGAUUAGGGUUAGAAAAACAAGUUGCAAUUAUGCAUGCGACACUACAAGAGAAUGGAACGAUUGAUCUUUCAAAUGUAUUAAGUGGCCCGAAAGACCUUGAUUUAAAUUCGAAAACUUUUGAUUUUAUCGUCAGCAAUCCCCCAUACGUGUCGACUAAGCAGAUACCUACCUUAACUCCCGAGAUUAAAAUUUUUGAAGACUUGCCAGCACUUGAUGGAGGAGAAGAUGGUUUAAAAAUCAUUAAACCCCUGUUGAAAUACAGUGCUACAGCUUUGAAGCCUGGUGGACGUUUGCUUUUAGAAGUUGACCCAACUCAUCCUGAAUACAUACAAUUUUUCACGAAAAAAUAUUCAAUGUUCAAUCUUCGAUACGAACAUACGUACAAAGAUUUUUGUAAUAACGAACGAUUUGUUGAAGUAUCAAAGAUAUCAUAAAAAUGAUUUCCACAAGACAUUAUUUACAUUUAUAUAAUUAAAUGCGAUAUUUAAAAUAAUUUAUUUGCCCUUAAUCAAUUAUAAAAUUGCAUGUGUUAUAAGAAAUCGAUCCUUACUGUUUAAAUAAAUAAUUCUUAACGAA